CAGUUGGUACAUCAAUUAAUAAACAUCCGCUCGUGUCCGCGCGGUUAUCGUCUCGAGGAUUUUGUCGCGCUUCCUUUCGAGCUCUGUUUCUUUUUGUGGGGGAUUUAUUGGGGUUUUAGAGAGAAUUGUCGACCAAACAAAAGACUUUGCCGAGGAAAAAAAGAGGGUGGGAUAGCAGAUGGAGGAAAAGGAGAAGUGGAGAGAGGAAUCUGGACCCUCGCCUUGCCUUCUUCCCCCUCUUCCUCUCCUUUUCUGCAUCCUUUCGUUCCGCUUCGGUCUGUAGCGAGGAGCGGAGCGGGGACGUGAGAGAUGUCAUCCAGGUCCAACAGGGCGAGCUGCUCCAGGAGCAGCUCGGCCCGCUCCAAGCACAGCGCUCGCGUGGUCGCCCAGACCACCUUGGACGCCAAGCUCCAUGCCGACUUCGAGGACCCCGAUCACCCGUUCGAUUACUCCUCCUCGAUCGGCGCUGCCAACCGGUCGAGCGGCGCCGACAGCAGCGCCGUGCCUUCCUCCGCCGUCUCCACAUAUCUCCAGACGAUGCAGCGCGGGAAGCUGAUCCAGCCUUUUGGGUGCCUGCUGGCCGUCGAAGACGAGACGUUAGCCAUAAUUGCCUACAGCGAGAAUGCGCCCGAGAUGCUCGACCUGGCGCCGCACGCCGUCCCCACCAUGGAGCAGCGGGAGGCCUUGACGAUUGGCACCGACAUCCGAACUCUCUUCCGAUCUCCGAGCUCGGUGGCGCUGCAGAAGGCCGCUGGCUUCAGCGACGUCAAUCUCCUCAACCCCAUAUUGGUACAUUGCAGAAGCUCGGGCAAGCCUUUCUACGCCAUUAUGCACCGGAUUGAUGUGGGAUUGGUGAUAGACUUGGAGCCUGUCAACCCUGCCGAUGUACCGGUGACGGCAGCAGGAGCACUGAAAUCCUAUAAACUGGCUGCCAAAGCCAUUUCGAGGCUGCAGUCUUUGCCUAGUGGGAACAUCUCCCUCCUGUGUGAUGUUCUGGUACGGGAAGUGAGCGAUCUUACGGGCUAUGACAGGGUGAUGGCGUACAAGUUUCACGAAGACGAACAUGGCGAAGUCAUAGCUGAGUGCAGAAGACCAGAAUUGGAGUCUUAUCUUGGCUUGCAUUACCCUGCCACUGAUAUCCCGCAGGCUUCACGUUUUCUCUUCAUGAAGAACAAGGUUAGGAUGAUAUGCGACUGUUCUGCUCCACCGGUUAAAGUGAUCCAGGACAAGAGAUUGACUCAACCUCUGAGUCUCUGUGGUUCGACCUUGAGAGCACCUCAUGGUUGCCACUCUCAGUACAUGGCAAACAUGGGCUCCACUGCGUCUCUUGUAAUGUCGGUCACGAUCAGUGAGGACGACGACGAAGCAGGUGGUGAUCAGCAGCACAAGGGGCGGAAGCUUUGGGGGCUGCUGGUUUGUCAUCACACCAGUCCGAGGUUUAUCCCUUUUCCACUUAGAUAUGCCUGCGAAUUCCUCAUGCAGGUAUUUGGGGUGCAGCUGAACAAAGAGGUAGAGCUUGGAGCUCAGUUAAAGGAGAAGCACAUCCUUCGAACACAAACUCUUCUUUGUGAUAUGCUUCUCCGUGAUGCACCAAUUGGUAUCUUCACCCGGUCUCCAAAUGUUAUGGAUCUUGUUAAGUGUGAUGGUGCUGCACUUUAUUACCGAAACCAGGUUUGGCUGCUCGAAACAACACCUACCGAAGCACAGAUAAGGGAUAUCGUAGCAUGGCUCGUGGAGUGCCAUGAUGGUUCUACUGGUUUGAGUACCGACAGCAUGACAGAAGCAGGUUAUCCCGGUGCUGCUGAACUCGGAGAUGCAGUCUGUGGCAUGGCUGCAAUUAAGAUUUCUUCCAGGGAUUUUCUCUUUUGGUUCAGGUCACACACAGCAAAGGAGAUCAUAUGGGGCGGUGCUAAACAUGAACCUGUUGAUAAAGACGAUGAGGACCGAAGAAUGCAUCCACGCACUUCAUUUAAGGCCUUCUUAGAGGUUGUGAAGAGGAGGAGUCUUCCUUGGGAGGAUGUUGAAAUGGAUGCAAUCCAUUCGUUGCAGCUCAUAUUGCGUGGCUCUCUGCAAGGAGAGACUGUUGAUGUUGAUUCAAAGAUAAUUGUGAGUGCAUCACCGGAUGAUGCAAACAAGAUCCAAUGGGUGGACGAACUGCGUACUGUUACAAAUGAAAUGGUUCGUCUAAUUGAAACUGCAAGUGUGCCCAUUUGGGCAAUUGAUGCAUCAGGUAACAUAAACGGCUGGAAUAGCAAAGCAGCAGAUUUGACUGGUUUACCUGUGCAAGAAGCUAUUGGGAUGCCUCUGAUUGAUAUUGUCAAGGAUGAUUCAGUCGACGUGGCAAAAAAUGUGCUGCACUUGGCUUUGCAAGGAAAGGAAGAGAAAAACAUUGAGAUUAAACUAAAGUCAUUCAGCCAUCAGGAAAGUAAUAGCUCUGUGAUCCUAGUCGUCAAUUCUUGCUGCAGCCGUGACGUGAAGGAUAAUAUUGUUGGUGUUUGCUUUGUCGCGCAAGAUGUGACCGGUCAGAAACUGAUGAUGGAUAAGUACACUCGCAUUCAAGGUGAUUACGUUGCAAUAGUGCAAAAUCCCAAUGAGCUGAUCCCCCCCAUUUUUAUAGUCAACGAGUAUGGUUGCUGUUUCGAGUGGAAUUCAGCCAUGGAAAAGGUAUCAGGCAUAAAGAGGAAGGAUGCAAUUGACAAGAUGCUUGUUGGCGAGUUGUUCUGUCUCCAUGGUUUUGGCUGUCGGGUCAAGGACCAUGACACAUUGACCAAGUUAAGGAUAGUAUUGAAUGGUGUAAUGGCAGGCGAAGAUGCCGACAAGUUUAUAUUUGGAUUUUUUGACCUUAAUGGUAAGUAUGUUGAGGCAUUGCUCUCCGCAAACAAGAGGAUUGAUUCUGAGGGGAAAAAUACUGGGGCAUUAUGCUUUAUGCGUGUUGCCAGUCCAGAGCUUCAACAUGCCUUGCAAGUGCAGAAGUUGUCUGAACAAGCUGCGAUAAACAGUCUCAAGGAACUAGCUUAUCUUCGUCAAGAAAUAAGGAACUCACUAAACGGCAUUACAUUUACACAAAACUUGAUGGAGGCAACUGACUUAACUGAGGAGCAGAAGCAACUUCUUAGAAGGAAAGCCCUCUGCCAAGAGCAGUUGGCAAAGAUCUUAAAUGACAUGGAUUUAGAUAGCAUUGAACAGUGCUAUAUGGAGCUGAACACAGUAGAGUUUAACCUCGGUGAAGCUCUGGAUGCAGUCAUAAACCAAGGCAUGGCUCUAAGCAGGGAACGGGAGGUGGCGCUUCUUCAAGAUUGGCCUGCGGAAGUAUCUUCUAUGUAUUUGUAUGGGGAUAACUUGAGGCUGCAGCAGGUUCUAGCAGACUUCUUGUCAAGUGCUCUUCAGUUUGCACCGGUGGCUGAUGGAUCAAUCGCACUUCAGGUCAUUCCAAGAAAGGAACGUAUAGGAACCGGAGUGCAAGUAGUUCAUCUCAAAUUCAGGAUCAUUCAUCCAGCACCAGGAAUACCAGAGACGUUGGUGCAGGAGAUGUUCCACCACAGUCAGGGUAUGUCAAGGGAAGGCCUCGGUCUUUUCAUCAGCCAAAAGCUUGUGAAGAUCAUGAACGGAACUGUACAAUAUCUUAGAGAAGCAGAGAGAUCAUCUUUCAUCAUUCUCGUCGAGUUCCCUUUGGUUCAGCAUCACACAGGAUCGAGGACUCAUGGUUCAUCGACAAGCAAGAAGAAACUUCAUUUAGCCUAAUAGUGAAUCAAGCAACAAUGGCCCCGACAAACAUAGUGCGCGUUUGGUUGCUAAACAUAAAUGGAACACCGAGGCAACCUGCAAACUGAACUAUGAGAAAUAAAUGUGUGUAUUUUCCGAUGACUCCUACCAUCUAGGCUUUCUGUAAAUUACUACUGCAGAGUGAUUUCUGAACACAUACUAAUGAUAUUAGUACGAUUAAACUGUCUUGCGCGUA